GACCCAAAUCAUACUCCAGAAGAUUGGCAUCCUGACACAACAGAGGAAAGAAUGGACAACCCCCCUGCUUCUGUGGGAGGAGAAGAACCAACCAAAGAACCAGAAGUAGAGGUCGACCCCGAAUACUCUGAACCCCUCUCUCUCUCAGACCUACAGAGGAUCUACUCCAUUCUGGAGGACACAUCAGACCAGCUCUCCAUUCUGAACUACAUCAUGCCCAUUUAUUAUGAAGAGAGGCAGAGCGUUUGCCUUUCGUGCAGAAGGAUGAAUUUGAGAGCAAGUAAUCUUGAGGAAAAAAGAACAGAAACAUCUUUUCCAAAAUUCUCAAGAACACCUGCUACUCCAUUUAUCACUAAAGAAGAACCUAAGUUGGAAACCAAAGCAGGAGUUCAGUUUGUCAAGGAGGUUAACAAAAUGCAAGAGCUUGUCUUUAAGAAACCUACAAGGCAGGCCAUACUGACUAUGGAAACACUUAAGAAAAUUCAGAUGGACAGGCAAUUUUUUAGUGAUGUGGUUUAUGACACCAUGCAGGAGUUGAAUGAUUCAGGCCAAUUCACCAGUCUCCUGAAGGCACUGAACAAAGAAAAGAAUAACAAAGUGCACUUCUAUGAUUUAAUUGCAAGUGAGGAAAAAGGAAGAAAACAGAUAAAAUCUCUUCAAAAACAGCUUCUCAAUGUCAAAAGAGAGCGGCAGGUUGAAAUUCAGAGUCAGAAUGAAUAUAUUUCUCACCUCAAGGAUCAAUUGCAAGAGUUGAAGGCAAAAACCAACAUGGAGAACCGCUAUAUGAAAAUGAACAGUGAACUGCAGAUUUCCCAAACAAUGAAAAAAUGUAACAAAGCUGAGGAGCUCUUAGUGGAGGAAAUUGAGAAAUUGAGGCAGAAAACUGAAGAAGAGAACCGGAUUCAUCAGGAGAUUGAAAUAUUCCUUAGAAAACAACAGCAGACACUUGAGGAGAAGCUCGAGUUCUGGAUGGAGAAAUAUGAUAAGGACACAGAAGCGAAACAAAAUGAACUCAAUGCGCUCAAAGUGGCAAAGAAUAAUGACUUAAUACACCUUCAGGAAAUUGCAAAAACGAUAAGAGAGUAUGAACAGGUUAUCAUUGAAGAUCGUAUAGAAAAGGAGACAUUUAGGAAGAAGCGAGAAAGGGAUGUGCUGGAAUUAAAGAGCAUCAUAAAGCUUCAAGCCUGGUGGCGAGGCACUAUGGUCCGGAGGGAGAUUGGUACUUUCAGAUUGCCUAGAAAGGGGGCAGAUGCCAACAAUCAAAAAAAGGGUAAAGGCAAAGAAAAGAACAAAAGAAGAGGCAAGAAAUAG